UCACUCGAGGAUGUUGAGAUGGUCAGCAGAUACAACAGGACCAAACAUCUAGAGGCUUCGCAUACAUUGUUUUAAUAAGUUGCACGGGAAAUCAGCGACAUUUGCGCGCAGCAGUAGAUCAGAUUGGCUUGGAUAAGACAUAUUCGUCUUCCCGGGACAACCAUUUCACACUGGUCCUUCAGCUGAUCCUGCAGGAACGCACACAUCUCAUCUGAAAGAAGCUUUUUGCAUUGGGAAUCUGAUGCGUAAUGGUGAUCUCCAGAGGACACUGACUAGCCAAGAACUGCCUGUCAUUUUAAACCAAAAAAGAAAAAAAAUGCAGGUCAUUCUGUUGGUCUCCGUCGUUUUUAUUUGCGUCGAAGCUGCUCUCGCGGACACUAAACUGAAGUGUCCUGAGCGCUGUGAUGUGAGUAAGUGUCCGAGCCCGAGCUGCCCGAGCGGGUAUGUGCCUGACCGCUGUGACUGCUGUCUGGUGUGCGCACAGGGAGAGGGAGAGCCGUGCGGCCGCAAGGACGAUCUGCCCUGCGGCGACGGGCUGGAGUGCAAGCACCCGUCUGGAAAAAGACUGUCCAAAGGCGUGUGUCAGUGCAGGUACAGCAGUAAAGUGUGCGGCAGUGACGGGAACACGUACGGUAACAUCUGCCGCCUGAAGGCCGUGAGCAGGAAAGCGCUGCAGCAGGGUCUGCCCGCCAUCACCAACCUGCACAAAGGACCCUGUGAAAGCAACCAAGGUCCUACACACCCCACCAGCCCAAGGUACAAAUUCAACUUCAUUGCUGACGUGGUGGAGAAGAUUGCCCCUGCUGUGGUGCACAUUGAGCUGUUCCUAAAGAUCAAAACCAAAUAUCCUAAUGUUCAUGAUGAAAUCUUGAUCAACGAAGUCACUCAUGGCAAUUAUGGGAACUCGGGUGGACCACUCGUUAAUUUGGAUGGGGAGGUGAUAGGAAUCAAUACCCUGAAGGUAGCUGCAGGAAUCUCCUUUGCCAUUCCUUCAGACAGGAUUACUCGCUUCUUAAAUGAUUCAUUAGGAAAGCAGAACAAAGAGCCAAGAUCAGUGAAGAAGCGUUUCAUUGGAAUCCGAAUGCUCACCAUCACAGAAGAACUGGUGGAAGAGCUGAGGCAGCAGAAUCCUGAUUUCCCUGAUGUCAGCAGCGGGAUCUAUGUCCACGAGGUGGUUCCUCACUCCCCUGCUCAGAAAGGGGGCAUCAGAGACGGGGAUAUCAUCGUUAAGUUAAACGGAGAGCCCCUGAUGAGCACCAGCGACCUGAAGGAAGCGCUCAACCAAGACACGACUCUGCUGCUGGAGGUGCGCAGAGGCAACGACGACCUGCUCUUCAACAUUGAGCCUGACGUCAUCAUGCAGUGAUGUCAGCAUCUGUUCGAAAUGUGAACCAUGAAGACAUUGGUUUUAUCAUAUCAGUCAUGUGCUGUCGUGGCCAGAGGGAUGUCUAACAGCGCAUCCUUCUACAAAACAAGGA